GAUGUGGUGCGCAGUGGGGGUAACGUGGCGCGCAGGUCUGCAGAGAAGUUGCGCGUUUAUAAAUGGUUGCGCGCGUGACGUGCCGGUUAGCUGUCGCUUGUGGAACUCUUCGGUGCUGGUCAGAAGUUCAGUAUCACAGCCACAUCACGAAAGGAAAGACGCACCGGCAAUGGCAGUACCGAAAGUGAAGUUCAACAACGGACAAGAGUUCCCUAUUUUCGGCCUAGGCACCUGGAAAUCAAAACCAGGUGAAGUAACAGACGCUGUUAAACAUGCAUUUGAUGUUGGAUACAGGCACAUAGACUGUGCUUUUAUUUAUCAGAAUGAACCUGAAGUAGGAGCGGCAAUAAAAGCCAAGAUAGCCGAUGGCACUGUAAAGCGAGAAGAUAUCUACAUUACCAGUAAGCUGUGGAAUACAUGCCAUCGCCCAGACACUGUUAUCCCUGCCCUGAAAAACACGCUUAAAAAUCUAGGCUUGGACUAUUUGGAUCUUUAUCUCAUCCACUGGCCAAUGGGGUACAAGGAAGGAGAUGAACUGUUUCCUAAGAAAGAUGGAAAAAUGUUAUACAGUGAUGCUGAUUAUGUUGACACAUGGAAGGAAAUGGAGAAGGCUGUGAAACUGGGUCUCACUAAAUCAAUUGGUAUUUCAAAUUUCACUGAGGAACAAACUGAUCGUAUACUGGCUAUUGCUGAAAUAAAACCUGUUACAAAUCAGAUUGAAUGCCACCCAUACCUCAACCAGAAAAAGCUAAUGGAGUAUUGCAAAUCAAAAGGAAUUGUCAUUACAGCCUACAGCCCCCUUGGUUCGCCAGAUCGUCCAUGGGCGAAACCUACAGAUCCGCAGCUCAUGGAUGAUCCCAAGUUAAAGAAAGUUGCUUCAAAAUAUGGAAAGUCUACUGCACAGAUAUUAUUGAGAUACCAGGUUCAGCGUGGCAACAUUACCAUACCAAAGUCUGUAACAAAAUCACGGAUUGAAGAAAAUUUCAAAAUAUUUGACUUUGAGCUCUCAGCUGAUGAUAUGGCAUACAUAGAUACAUUUGACUGCAAGGGAAGGUUCUGUCAUCUGAAUGAUGUGAAUGAUCACAAGCACUAUCCUUUUAAGGAUGAAUUUCCAGUAAAAAGUUAAACCUUAUUGGAAGGAAGAGGAAAUGCCAAGAGAAAAUUAUGUAAAAUUUAAUGAUGUGAAUAUCAUUUAAUCAUUCAACUGACCAAAGCACUCGUCCUUAACCCAAGAAUGUGUCAAAGCUCAUGAUUUUGUAUGGGUUUCUCAUUCUCGCCGCAUUUUUAACUCUUCGUGAAGAAAAUGUACUGCACAUGCAUACCAUGUUUGCUGUUAAUUACAUUGAACAUGUAUCCUGCACAGCCAGCUGUAUUAAAUUAAAGUUGUUUGCUGAAA